CGGUGCGGUGCGGUGCGGUGCGGCCCCAUGAAGGAGGAGCGCGAGCAGCUGGGCACCGUCGGGCGCUGGCUGCAGAAGGACGGGCGGAGGGAGGAACCCAGCGCCGUGCCGGCGUGGGAGCGGCGCUGCGGCGGCCGCGGGCCGGGUCCCGGUGCGGGCGAUGCGGGGCUGAGCCUCACCGAGAGCGCCGGGACCCAGCCGGGGCCCGAGUGCUCCGAGUGCGGCCUCGGCGCCACGCGGAGAACCGGGGCGGGGCCGCGGGCCGCGGCUGGACCGCGGCCCGGCACGGGGCAGCCGCCGGCGCGCAGCACGGCUGGGAGCUGCCCGGUCCCGUGCGGUGCCUGCGGCCGAGGCCCGGCCCCGGAGCCCUCGACGCCCCGCAAGGAGCGCAAGGAGCUGUCGCUGACGGAGAAGGUGCGCGUGCUGGAGAUGCUGGAAGGCCCCAAGGUGUCCCAGAGCGAGCUGGCCAAGCGCUUCGGAGUGUCACAGCCGCAGAUCUGCCGCAUCAUUAAGAACAAGGAGAGGAUCCUGAGUGAGUGGCAGCGCAACGGCAACCCCGAGCGCAAGCGCAAGAGGGAGGGCAAGGAGGGAGCGGUGGAGGCUGCUCUGCUGCGGUGGGUGCAGGGCGCCCGCGCCGCCGAGCUGCCCAUCAGCAGCGCGCUGCUGCAGCUGAAGGCCAAGCACCUGGCUGAGGCGCUGGGCACGCCGGGCUUCGAGCCCAGUGGCAGCUGGCUGGCACGCUUCAAGCUGCGCCACAACGUCGCCCUCGAGAAGCCGACACUGGCGCAGGACGGUGGGGCCGAGCACCAGAGCUCACUGCCCGAGCUGCUGCGCAGCUACGCGCCCUCGGAGGUGUACAGCUGUGGGGAGACUGAGGUCCAGCUGAGAGCCGACGGCGAGAGGCUGACGCUGCUGCUCUGCACCAACGCUGACGGCUCGGAGAAGGCGGCGCUGCGGGCGGUGGGGCGCGCAGCCCAUCCCCUGUGCCUGCGUGGCAUCAACCUGCGGAGCAUGCCGUGGAGUUACCGCGGUGGCGGCCGCCUGAGCGCCACACUGUUUGCUGAGUGGCUGCAGGACUUCAAUGAGGAGAUGCAGCGCAAGGGAAAGAGCGUCCUGCUGCUCGUUGAGGAGCGCGAGGAGCACCCCUACCUCCAGCUGUCCAACGUCCGGAUGGUCUUCAUUCCUCCCGCGGCCGUGCUGGCACAGCCCCUGCACCGUGGCAUCGCCAGGGACCUGAAGGGCCACUACCGGCGCCGGCUGCUGACCCAGAUCCCAGCGGCACGUGGCUCGGAGCCGCCCACCCUGCUGGAUGCCCUGCACAUGCUGGCACAAGCGUGGGGUGACGUGCGCCCGGGCCUCAUCACCAGCUGCUUCCGUGCCGCCAGCUUCAGCCCCAAUAGCUGCCCUGAUGCGCUGCUGGCACCCGUCUGGCUCGGCCAGGAGGAGCUGGAGAGCUUUGGGUUGAUGGAUGAGGGGCUGGAGCGCCUUGCGGAUGCUGACACGGCCGAGGCAGAGGACUGGGACAGGGGUAUGGAGGAGGGUGAGGACUCUGGGGAGCCAGUGGCAGUGCAGCCGUGCCCCUCAGAGCCUGAGGUGUGGGACAGCCUGGCCACGCUGCGGCGGUUCCUGGAGUGCCGAGCCACCUCGCCGGACCUCUUGCAGACAUUCUACACGCUGCAGGAUGCUGUACACACAGUGUCAGCGGGGGCAGAGCCAGCACUGCUCGGGGACAGCCAUCCCAAGCAGUGAGUGGGGUGGUGGCAUCAGUCGGUGUCUCAUCACGAGCAGAGCUUCUGCCAGCAGCAGCCAUCGCCACUGUGGAGCUGCACUGUGUAUGAUGGGAG